ACUUCCUUCGAAUCGUUGGAUGCCCACCAAGGAUUUCCAAGAUGCCAACAGAAAUCUCUAUGACGAUAAACGUAAUCACCCUGAAGGAAGGCCACGACGAGGAAGCAUGUUUGACUAUAAACAUUAUGAGGUUCAAUCGGUUCAGUUGAAUUUCGGACCACAGCAUCCUGCAGCCCAUGGAGUUCUUCGUUUGAUUAUGGAACUAGACGGAGAGAUAAUCAUGCGACUUGACCCCCAUAUUGGCUUAUUGCAUCGUGGAACGGAAAAGUUGAUAGAAUACAAAACUUACACACAGCAGGCCCUACCAUAUUUUGAUCGCCUCGAUUACUGUUCAAUGAUGUGUAAUGAACAGUGCUACUCUCUGGCCGUUGAAAAGCUUCUCGGAAUCACUGUACCACCUCGAGCCAAGUAUAUAAGAACACUUUUUGCCGAGCUUACAAGAAUAAUGAACCACCUCAUGAACGUCGCCACUCAUGUUCUCGAUUGCGGAGCCAUAACUCCUCUUUUCUGGCUGUUUGAAGAGCGCGAAAAGAUGUUUGAAAUUUAUGAGCGCGUAUCGGGUGCACGAAUGCAUUCCGCCUACAUUCGUCCAGGCGGUGUUGCAGUCGAUAUUCCCAUUGGUCUACUUGAUGACAUCUAUGAGAUAGUCUUAAAACUCCCGGAACGACUCAACGAGGUUUCCGACCUCUUAGAUACCAAUCCCAUUUGGAUCCAAAGAACAAAGGAUGUGGGUCUUGUUAGUGCUGAAGACGCAAUCGAUCUCGGCUUUUCUGGUGUGAUGCUCAGAGGCAGUGGAGUCCAAUGGGAUCUUCGUAAAACCCAACCGUAUGAUGCUUAUGCAGACAUGGACUUCGACGUUCCGGUUGGUGUCAAGGGAGACUGUUAUGAUAGGUAA